CUCUGAUGGUGGUGGCGGGGGGUAUAAAUCUGAGCUGCUGCAGGUUCACAGAUGCUCACAGGAAGAGACACAGACAGACAGGAUGGACAUGAAGCUGCUGUUUCUGACUGUUGUUCUUCUCUCCUCACCGCUCCUCACACUAUCCACACAACCGCUGUAUAUUCUAUCAGCUCCUAAUUUGCUGAGGGUGGGUUCCUCAGAGAAUGUGCUUGUGGAGGCUCAGGAUUACUCUGAAGGAAACCUGAAUGUGAGGAUCAUAGUAAAAAACCAUCCAAAGAAGAACCUGGAGAUACUGUCUAAAACAGUGACACUGACUGCAGACAACAAUUUCCAGGUCCUUACAGAUAUAAAGAUUCCAAUUGAUAAGGAGUUUUUCUCUGACGAUCCUCUGGAGAAGCAGUAUGUGUAUCUACAAGCUGAGUUUCCAUCCACCACUCUGGAGAAAGUGGUCAUGCUCUCAUUUCAUUCUGGAUAUAUAUUUGUACAAACAGACAAGCCCAUCUACACACCUGAUAGCACAGUUCAGUACAGAAUUUUCUCUCUGAUGCCCGAUAUGACACCACUCGAUCAGUAUGGAAUCACAGUGGAAAUCAAGAAUCCACAAGGCAUCACAGUUUCAUCAGAGAAGAUAUUUCCAGUCAAAGGGAUUAAGUCCGGACACUACGCCAUCCCUGAUGUUACCAGUCUUGGGGUCUGGAAGGUGGUCACACGGUUCUCAAACACUCCUCAGAAGACGUUUACUGCAGACUUUGAGAUCAAAGAAUAUGUGCUUCCAACAUUUGAAGUGAAGUUAAAGCCCAGUAAGUCAUUCUUCUAUGUGGGUGAUGACAGUCUGAAAGUCGACAUUGAAGUCAAGUAUCUGUUUGGACAGAAGGUGGAUGGAAAUGCGUUUGUGGUGUUUGGUGUGAUGCACAGUGAGAAAAAAACAAGUAUUCCUACAUCUCUGCAAAAAGUUCAGGUCAUGAAAGGAGAGGGUACUGCAGAACUGACCAACCAGAUGAUCACUAAGACCUUUCCAAACAUUAACCAGCUGGUUGGACAAUCAAUCUAUGUUUCUGUCAGUGUUUUAACAGAAAGUGGAAGUGAAAUGGUGGAAGCAGAAAGGAGAGGGAUUCAGAUCGUGACGUCACCGUACACCAUCCACUUCAAAAAAACACCACACUUCUUCAAACCUGGAAUGCCCUUCAGUGUCUCGGUCUAUUUAACAAAUCCUGACCAAACGCCUGCUAAAAAUGUGGAAGUGGAAGUCAAUCCUGGAGGGAUCAAAGGUCGAACAAAACCCAAUGGCAUUGCAAAGGUUACAGUCAACACUCAGGAAGAAUAUUCCACACUGGAGAUCACUGCAAAGACCAAAGAUUCACAAUUAAACGAUGAACAGCAGGCAGUGAAAAAGAUGACGGUUCAGGCCUACGAGACCAAAGGUGGCUCCAAAAACUACCUGCACGUUAGCGUUGAUGCUGCAGAGCUUCAGAUCGGUGAUUCAACGACAGUGAAUCUAAACACUGGACAAAGUACAGGAUUCAAAGAUCAAGACUACACAUACAUGAUCUUGAGUAAAGGUCAGAUUGUAAAAGUUGGCAGGUUUAAGCGAAAAGGACAAUCUCUAGUGGCUCUGCCUGUGAUUGUAACCAAAGACAUGGUGCCGUCCUUCCGCUUUGUGGCUUAUUAUCAUGUGGGCUCGUCUGAGGUGGUGUCUGAUUCAGUCUGGGUUGACGUGAAGGACACGUGCAUGGGAACGCUCCAGAUUAAGGUGAAGGACCAGAUGCAUAUCUAUGGUACAGGAGAUGAGGUCAAGCUGCAGAUAACUGGAGAUCCUGGUGCUAAAGUUGGUCUGGUGGUGGUUGACAAGGCUGUCCAUAUCCUUAACAAGAACAGACUCGCUCAAACUCAGAUCUGGGAGAGCAUAGAGAAGCAUGAUAUCGGCUGUACAGCAGGAGGUGGAAGGGACAGUAUGGGGGUUUUCACUGAUGCAGGUCUGAUGUUUGAGUCCAACACUGCAGGAGGCACCAACACCAGAACAGUGCCUGAAUGUCUCAUCCCUACAAAGAGAAAACGAAGAUCUGAGAGUCUCCUGCAGAUCACUAGUACACUGGCUGGUAAAUACUCCAGUGAACUGAAGCAGUGCUGCACUGAUGGAAUGAGGAGUAAUAAAUUUGGCUACACGUGUGAACGGCGAGCCACCUACAUCGUAGAUGGGCCAGAGUGUGUCAAGGUCUUCCUGCACUGCUGCAACGAGAUGAAAACCCACAAAGACACGAAGACCGAAGAGGAGGAGCUGAUUCUGGCUCGUAGUGAAGAUGAAGACGACGAAUAUAUAGACUCUGAUGAGAUUGUGUCACGUACGCAGUUCCCUGAGAGUUGGCUUUGGGAGGAGGUUUAUCUACCCACUUGCACAGGAAAACACUGUGAAACAACAUCAUUCACAAAGGAGGUCUUCUUGAAAGACUCUAUCACUACCUGGCAGAUCUUGGCUGUCAGUCUGUCACCAACACUUGGCAUCUGUGUGGCAGAACCUGAGGAGAUAGUCGUUUUUAAGAGCUUUUUCAUUGACCUCAAGAUGCCUUACUCAGCUGUGCGCGGUGAACAACUGGAAAUCAAGGCCAUUAUUCACAACUACACCCCAAUGGAUCUAAAGAAGGUGCGUGUGGACUUUAUGGAGACCGAAGAUGUUUGCAGCUCUGCUAGUAAGAAAGGCAAAUACAGAACAACAGUAUCUGUUGAAAAAGGCUCCAGUGUGGCGGUUUCAUAUGUGAUUAUUCCCAUGACUUUGGAAAGUCAUUAUAUUGAGGUGAAAGCAGCAGCAUAUGACUACUCUGAUGGAUUGAGAAAGACACUGAAGGUGGUGUCUGAGGGUGUGCGGUCUGAACUUCACAGUACAACCUUGGAGCUCAAUCCUGCUAAGAAUGGAGAAAAACCUUUAGUUCUUAAAGCUGACAUACCAGCUGACUGGGUUCCAGGCACACCUGCUAACAAGUACAUCUCAAUUACUGGUGAAGAGAUCAGUCAGACAGUCGAGCAGGCCAUCAGUGGAGACUUCAUGGGUAGCCUUAUUAUCCAACCCAGUGGAUGUGGAGAGCAGAACAUGAUCAGUAUGACUCUACCUGUAAUUGCCACUCAUUAUCUGGACAGCACUAAUCAGUGGGAUGCUGUUGGCAUGAAGCGCCGUAAUGAAGCCAUUAACCAUAUCAGCACAGGUUAUCAAGGUCAGCUGAAAUACCGGAAACAAGAUGGCUCUUACUCUAUCUGGGAAACAACGCCAAGCAGCACAUGGUUGACAGCAUAUGUGGCCAAAGUCUUCGCAAUGGCCAGUAACUUAAUUCCUAUAGAGGAUAAUGUGCUCUGCAGCGCCCUCAAGUGGCUGAUUCUCCACAAGCAACUGCCAGACGGCUCCUUUAAAGAGGACAGAAUUGUUAGUGAUAGAAAGAUGAUGGGUGGUGUACAGGGCAGAGAUGCCGGUGCCUCUCUAACAGCCUUUGUCUUGAUUGCCAUGCAAGAGGGCAGAGAGAUCUGUGCUGGAUCAGUUGGUAGUCUGCAUGACAGUAUCAGGAGGGCUGUUUCUUUCUUGGAAGGUCAACUUCCACGACUGACCAAUCCUUACGCUGUUGCGAUAACGUCCUAUGCCAUGGCCAAUGCUGACAAAUUCAAUAAAGACAUCUUGAUGAGACACUCCACCCAAGGAGAAGCGGGUCGGUCCUGGACUGUCCCUGGACAGUAUUAUCCCUCAGUAGAGGCGACAGCUUAUGCUGUGCUGGCGCUUGUGAAGGACAAAGACUUCGAUACAGCAGGAGAGGCAGUGCACUGGCUGGCCAAACAACAGUCUCACUAUGGAGGAUCUGGCACCACACAGGUGACCAUGAUGGUGUUCCAGGCCGUGGCAGAGUAUCGCAUGCAGGUGAAGGAUAACCAAAACUUCAAUCUGGAUGUGGAGCUGUCGGUGUCAGGAAGAAAGAGAUCUGACAAAUGGACCAUUCAAAGAAAAAAUGUUCAUCUUACACGGUCAGGCAAGGUGGACUUAAACAAGGACUUCAAUGUAACUGCAAGAGGAACUGGAACAGCCACUCUCUCGGUUCUGACGCUGUACUACGCCAGACCUGCUGAGAAGAAGUCUGACUGUAAAUCAUUUGAUCUGACUGUUAAAAUGGAAAAAGAACCCGAAAGAAAAAAAGGAACCAUUGCAAGCUACAACUUCAUUAUGGGUUUCUUCUACAAAAACAAAGAAACUGAUGCCACCAUGACUAUUCUGGACAUUGGCUUACCGACUGGAUUUGAUGUUGAAGAACAUGAUCUUAAAGCGUUGUCUUCAGGGAAGGAGAAAUACAUUCAGAAAUAUGAAAAGAAUAAAGUUCUUUCAGAGCGAGGAUCCCUCAUCCUCUACUUAAAUAAGGUUUCUCAUAAAGAGACAGAAACAAUUGCUUUCAGAAUGCACCAGACGCAUAAUGUGGGUCAGCUACAACCUGCUGCAGUCACAAUAUAUGAAUAUUACUCACCAGAUGCACGCUGUACAAAGUUCUACCACCCCGACAGGGAAGAUGGCGCUCUAUACAGACUGUGUAAAGGAGACCUGUGCCAGUGUGCAGAAGAAAACUGCACUUUCCAGAUGAAAAACAAUACCAGUGAAGAGGAGCGUUUAAAUAAAGCCUGUGAAGGUGGAAUGGAUUAUGUUUAUAAAGCCACAGUGGUGGGGAUGGAUCUGAAACAGUACUCUGACAUCUACGACAUGAAGGUGGAUCAGGUACUAAAAGAAGGCACUGAUGAGGGUGUUGAGGGGAAAGUGAUAAAAGUUUUGGCUCGCCCAAGUUGCAGAGAACAUUUAGCACUGGUAAAAGGCAAGCCAUACCUCAUCAUGGGCAAAUCUGUUGACCUGCCAAAGCUCGAAGGAAGUCUGCAGUACAUUUUUGGAGAACAGACCUGGGUUGAAUACUGGCCUACAAGAGAGGAAAGCCAAAUUAAAGAACACAGGGAUCGAUACAUCGGCAUCACUGAGCUCCAGCACAGCCUCCUCAUUUAUGGAUGUGCUACAUAAUUAUAUAAAACCUAUUCGUUGAUUACAAAAAAAUAAAUAAACAUGAAUCUAUAGCAUGCUAUCAUUAAAUCUUAAAUAAUAUUGUUUGAGACAAAAUCCUUUGUUGUAAUUUUGUAAAAAAUGGUGACUGAAUGAAACUUGUAAAUGUUCAUUUUAGACUCCUGACUAAUUAAUAAUGGUGUUAUAAACAGUGCCUUGCAAGAA